GAAGAAAAAAACUUUAGUUUCUCUUAGAAUCGCCGGUGAGCUCAGAUAAGGAAACUUUUGGAGGGGAAGAUGCAGCACACUCCAGUUACCAUGGAGGAUCAGUUAAUAUCGAAAGCUGUGAGGGAAGAAUGUCCAUGGGAGAACCUCCCUAAACGACUUCAGUCUAUUCUUGGGUCUAAAGAUGAAUGGCAUAGAAGGGUUGUUGAGCAUUGUAUUAAAAAGAGACUCCUGUGGAAUACGUGUUUUGCUUGUAAAGUUUGCAAAGAAGGUGAAUAUUAUGAAGAUAUGAUGCGUUACUUGCGAAAGAAUCUGGCGCUGUUUCCGUAUCACCUUGCGGAGCAUAUUUGUCGUGUGAUGAGGAUAUCACCUUUCAGAUACUACUGUGAUAUGAUAUUUGAAGUCAUGCGAAAUGAGCAACCUUAUGACAGUAUCCCAAACUUCAGUGCGGCAGAUGCUUUCAGGCUUACGGGCAUAGGGAGAAAUGAAUUUAUUGAUAUCAUGAAUAAAUGCAGAUCUAAGAAAAUUAUGUGGAAGCUAAACAAAUCGAUUGCCAAAGAUUUCCUACCUACUCAACCUGUGGAUUUCCCUAUUGACCCUUGGUGGGGUGUUUGCCUUGUUAACUUCACCAUAGAAGAGUUUAAGAAACUUUCAGAAGAUGAAACGGCGACUAUAGAUAAAAUUUGCAAAGAGGAAGUUAAUGCAUAUGUUCUCUUUGACCCGGAAGUCAUAAAAGGUCUCUACCAAAGGGGAUUGAUAUAUUUUGAUGUCCCAGUCUACCAGGAUGACCGCUUUAAAGUUUCAAAGCUUGAAGGGUUCAUCUCCAACAGAGAGCAGUCUUAUGAAGAUCCCAUUGAAGAAUUACUCUAUGCAGUUUUUGUAGUUUCAAAUGAGAACUCAACAGUUGCAGAGUUGGCAUCCACUUUGCAAGCUGACCUAGCUCAAUUACAGGCUGCUGCAUCUUUUGUUUGCCGCUUGGGAUGGGCUGUAAAGUUAAUUGAUCCGGCUUCUGUGCUUCAUGACAAGAUUAUGCCUGGGUCUCCACGUGCCAUCCACAGUGAUGAAGACGGUUUAGGUUCUGCUGAUGGUGAGGCGGCUCAAAAUGGAGAUAAUUUAGGAACAGAAAACUCUGGAUUACGUUCUAGUCAUGUUCGAGUUGCUUUCAUAGUCGAUGCUAACAUAACAUCAUAUCUAAUGAUGGGUUCUGUCUCGCCAGGAUUGAAAUCUCAUGCUGUAACACUCUAUGAAGCUGGGAAGCUCGGGCAUACUAGUAUCCCGGACCUCUGCAACGAUUUGAGCACAUUAGAGGGAGCUAAAUUUGAGGGUGAACUGCAAGAAUUUGCAAAUCAUGCCUUUAGCCUUCGUUGUGUCUUGGAAUGUUUGAUAUCUGGUGGAGUUGCUACUGAUACAGCAGUUGAUACUGUGGGCCCAGGAACUUUGAUUAAUGAUGAGGCUGUAACUCUUCUUGCUGAUGUUCAUUCUCCUGAUAAUGCUGGAGAUUCUUUAACCAGCCAAAAUAGUGAGGCUUCAAUGGUUUCAGAUGCCCCUCAGGAGGAUUCCUUGUCGACAGAGCGUGUCCCUGAAAGUACUGACCAUGAAGCAGCUUCGACUACACUAACCGAUGAUACUACUGCCUUGACCAGUACUGACCAUGAAGCAGCUUCGACUACACUAACCGAUGAUACUACUGCCUUGACCAGUACUGACCAUGAAGCGGCUUCGACUACACUAACCGAUGAUACUACUGCUUUGACCAGUACUGACCAUGAAGCAGCGUCGACUACACUAACCGAUGAUACUACUGCCUUGACCGAGACCUUCAAUUCCAACCUAAGCCUUCAGAAUGAUGGGAAGCCGAUCCCCGUAGAAGGACUCGACACCGGUAAAGAAAACAAGAAAAGGAAGAGAUAUCGCGUUGAUAUUCUUCGCUGUGAAAGUCUGGCUUCUCUAACACCAGUUACUCUUGAUCGUUUGUUUUCCCGAGACUACGAUAUUGUUGUUUCAAUGGUUCCUCUUCCACUGACAACUGUCCUACCUGGACCUUCAGGCCCCGUUCAUUUCGGUCCUCCCUCCCAUUCAUCGAUGACCCAGUGGAUGAAACUGGUAUUGUAUUCAACCGUAGGCACUGGGCCUUUGUCGGUUAUCUUGAUGAAAGGUCAGUGUCUGCGGAUGCUUCCUGCUCCACUAGCUGGCUGUGAGAAAGCUCUCAUUUGGUCAUGGGAUGGAUCUUCGGUUGGUGGCUUAGGAAACAAGUUUGAAGGUAACUUGGUCAAGGGAAGUAUACUGCUACACUGUUUGAAUUGCCUUCUCAAAUACUCAGCUAUUCUCGUUCAGCCUCUCAGCAAGCAUGAUCUUGACAGCGCUGGAAGAAUCGUCACUUUAGAUAUACCAUUACCCCUGAAGAACUCGGAUGGUUCCAUUCCUCAUUUCGGCGACGAGCUUGGGCUUCCUCUUGAGGAAAACACAAAGCUGAACUCUCUCUUAACGAAGUUGGCGAACAACAUGGAACUGUGGACAGUGGGUUACAUUCGCCUUUUGAAACUCUUUAAAGCAAAGGAUCCAGCAGGCUACUUUUCCCCUGAUGAUGACGAUGAUGAGAAGUAUGAAUGGGUCCCUUUAACAGUGGAGUUUGGGCUGCCACUUUUCAGUCCAAAGCUAUGCAACCAUAUCUGCAAAAGAAUCGUCUCGUCACAGUUACUUCAAGCAGAUUCGCUCAUGGAACAGCACAAUGCGAUGCAGUGCAUAAGGAAAAGGUUGAAAGAUAUAUGCGCACAGUACCAAGCAACAGGUCCAGCUGCUAAACUUCUUUACCAGAAAGAACAAGCAAAGGAGGCUCCUCGUAGUAAGCUCAUGAACUAUGCAAGCGGCAAAUGGAACCCACUCGUGGACCCUUCCUCGCCAAUUUCAGGUGCCACAAGCGAAUUUCAAAGGUUGAAACUAGCUAAUCGCCAACGUUGCCGGACUGAAGUUCUGAGCUUUGAUGGUAGCAUUCUCAGAUCCUACACGUGCCCUGUAUAUGAAGCAACCACUAGGACCAUAGACGAGAAUGCACCUUCAACUGCAACAAAGGCAGAUGCUGACGAAGCAGAUAGCCGAGAAGUGGUUCUUCCAGGACUAAAUCUCCUCUAUGAUGGUUCAGAAUUGCACCCUUUUGACAUUUGUGCUUGCCUUCAAGCUCGUCAACCAGUUGCUCUCAUUGCAGAAGCUGCUGCUGCAUCUGCAAUCAUCGCCCCAAAGUAGUAAACUCUCACUGAGGCUCUACCCGAUGAAAGGUGAAAUAUUUCGACUGAAAUCUUGAAUCUUAUCCGUGUUUCAAGGUUUUACUAGUCAGUUGGAUCUAGCUCGGAGCAGUCCUUUUGCUUAUGAUUAAAAACUUUGGUUAUUUCGGUUUCAUGACCAAAUAAUUUUUGGUUCGAAUAUUGGGUUGGUUUGAUGUGAAUUUUGUUUAAUUUGAUGCAAAUAUGAAACAGAGUGUUGAUUACAAGUCUAUGAGU